AUGGCCCGCAGAAGACAUAAGAAGAGAACGCACGUCGAGGAUGCUGAAGAUGCUGUCGACAAUACACCCAAGUCGAUGGUCAUUAAGCUGACGCGUCGAGGUCAUGGUACUACGUCGCUUUCGCAGCUGGUCAAGGACUUUCGCCAGCUGAUGCAGCCACAUACAGCAAUCAAGCUACGCGAGAGAUCUACAAACAAGCUCCGUGACUUUAUCUCAAUGACAGGUCCAUUGGGUGUUUCUCACUUGAUGGUUUUUUCAAUUUCUGAUGGGGGAAAUACGAAUCUUCGUAUAUGUCGUUCGCCACGCGGUCCUACCAUGCAGUUUCGCGUGUUGGAGUACUCGCUGUGCAAGGAUGUGACCAAGUUUGUCAAAGCACCCAAGUCUCCAUCUGGACUAUUGUAUGCUGCCCCACCACUUUUGGUGUUGAAUGGGUUUGUUGCUGACCGCAAGGAAGCUCCACAGGAGGCACUGCUAACGUCCAUGUUCCAGAAUAUGUUUCCUCCUAUUUCAGUGCAAGAUAGCAAGGUUUCGUCUAUUAAACGUGUGAUGAUUUUGAACAAAGAUCCAGAGACAGAUGUGAUUGAGUUACGUCAUUAUGCGAUUGAGACUAAAAUUGCGGAUGUGUCUAAGGGUGUGAAGCGAUUGGCCAAUAUGAAGAACAAGACUCAUCGGGCGAUACCCAAUCUGAGCCGUGCUCAAGAUAUAUCUGAGCUGAUUACUGAUCCAUACAGUGUGACUGGAUACAAUAGUGAUUCUGAAGUGGAAGAUGAUGCUCUUGUGGAGAUUGAGCAGCGCAAGAAGAUUCGCAUUAAGGCAAAGGAUGCUGGUGAGACAAUGCAAGAGAAGGAAGGGGAGGACAAUGAAGAAACUCAUGAGGAUGAGGAAGAAGAAGAUGAGCAGGCAGACAAGGAGAUGUUCCCUACUGAAGAGACCAAGCCUAAGACUCGGGUGGUUACAGAAAGUUUAGGUACUCAGAAGCGAGCAAUCAAGCUUGUAGAGCUGGGGCCACGACUAAAGCUGGAGUUACGUAAAAUUGAAGAGGGCAUGGCUGAGGGCAAGGUUUUGUAUCACAAGUACAUUAAGAAGACAGCAGCUGAGGUUAAGGAACUUGAACGGAAGCAUUCGGAGAAGCAGCGGUUGAAGGAAGAGCGUCGUAAGGUCCAGGAGGCUAAUAUCAAGAAGAAGGAAGCCAAGGGUGGUCGCAUGAAGCGUGCUAAAGAUAAGGCUCGUGCUGCUGAGGGCAAAGAUAACGAUGAUGAAGAAGAGGAGAAUGGUCGUGGUGAUGAUAAUGAUGAUGAUGAUGACGAAGAUCUUAAUGGUGAUGAUUUGUUUGCUAGUGAUGGUGAGAGUAAAGAUGAGGGUCGUAAAGGAUCAGCCAAGAAACGCAAGGUUGCACACUUUGAUGAUCUUGGAGAGGAAGAUUCAGAUUGA